CCGCCCGGGCCGGCUGGGGCUUGCAGUUCCCAAGCGAAGAAAGGGCAGCUUUGUGCCUCUGCGGCCAGCCCAGCACACAUUCUGCAAGGCGGUGGACACACAGAGCAGAACUGUCUGUAGCCCUAACCCAGACGUCCCAAAUAAACAAUUCUCUGUACCCACCCGAGCAUGGCACAAUGCCCCUCACGCUGUCCCUAGGAUCUCGCUUCUCCUCUGCCUUAUGGAGCUUGAUUCCACGCAAGACGCCAAACAUCAGAAUCCUGUCCAACAUGACUGGUGGGCUCCAGCCAGCCAGCCUGGUGGUCCUGCCCCAGUCUCUCGCUCCUGCUUUUGAAAGGUUCUGCCAGGCCAACAGUGGCCCUCUGCCCCUGCUGGGACGAAGCCCUCCAGGCAAGUGGACAGCGCCUGCCCCAGACACCAGGAAUGGCCGUCCCCAGUUCUGGAAAUAUGAGUUGGGCGCCUGCACCAGCAGCGUGACCUCGCUGGAGGAGAACUCGGCAACACUGAGGGACAUGGUGACCUUUGUCCUGAGCUGCAGCUCCACCCCGGAAGAGGCCUUGGAGAAGGCGGGUCUCCCCUGCAGGACCCCAGCAGGGGGCAGCCUCGCAGGUGCCUACAAGACCACCGUGCCUUGCACAACCAUCGCUGGCUUCGGCUGCCCCCUGGUGGUCACCAUGAGGCCUGUUCCCCAGGGCCAGUUGGAAAAGCUGGUGCAGGCCAGUUGCUCUCUGGGGCGUGAGCAAGGACGACCCAUUCAUAUCGGAGACCCAGGGCUGCUGGGAAUUAAAGAUCUUUCCAGACCCGACUACGGGGAUGCAGUGUCCUGUCAGCCUGGGGACGUUCCUGUGUUCUGGCCUUCUCAGCUCACCUGUCUCGAAGCUGUCAGUGGCUGCAAGACCCCGCUGGCAUUCACCAGUGCACCUGGCUGUACCGUAAUGACCGACCUGAAGGAUGCAGAGACUCCGGCCAGCUCUCUCCCUCCUGAGGGAAUUCCCGAGGUCCACCAGAUUUCCCAAGAUCCUUUGCACUACAGCAUCGCCUCAGCUUCAGCCGUGCAGAAGAUUCGAGAACUAGAAACGAUAAUUGCCGUAGACCCAGGCAACCGGGGCAUCGGGCACCUGCUCCGGGCAGGUGAGCUGCUGCGGGCCUCCCUGUCGCUGUCCCACUCCCGUUCGGUGCUCAUCACCACCGGAUUCCCCACGCACUUCAAACACGAGCCUCCGGAGGAGAACGACGGGCCCCCGGGAGCCCUAGCUCUGGCCGCCUCUCUGCAGGCCCUGGACAAGGACGUCUCCCUCAUCGUGGACCAGAGAGCCCUGGGCUUGUUCCAGAAGCUCGUUGACGAGGCUGUUGGAGAAGGUGUUCUGGAGAUGCGCGUCCCUCUCCUGACUUUUCAAGGUGGACCCGCAGGUGCCGCUCAAAGCUUUCUCUGCAAAGACGGGGACCCCACAUCCCCCAGGUUCGAUCACCUGGUGGCCAUCGAGCGAUCUGGGAGGGCAGCCGAUGGUAACUACUAUAAUGCGAGGAAGAUGAACAUCAGGCACCUGGUGGACCCCAUCGACGACCUUUUCCUGGCUGCACAGACGAUUCCUGGGAUCUCAUCCACCGGGGUUGGAGACGGAGGCAACGAGCUGGGAAUGGGCAAAGUGAAGGAGGCCGUGAAGAGGCACAUCCGCAACGGGGACGUCAUCGCCUGUGAUGUGGCGGCCGACUCGGCCGUCAUCGCUGGUGUUUCCAACUGGGGGGGCUAUGCCUUGGCCUGUGCACUCUAUGUCCUCAACAGCUGUGCCAUCCACAGAUGCUACCAGAGGAAGGCCAUCGGGCCCCCCAAGGACGCUGGGGAGCAGAGCUGGACUCGGGCCCUGCCCUCCGUCACUAAGGAAGAGAAGAUGCUGGGGAUCCUGGCACGGCACCAGGUCCGGAGUGGGGUGACGGGCGAAGUGGGCAUGGUGGUGGAUGGACUGCCCUUCCACGACACUCAUGCCCACAUGAUCCAGAAGCUGGUGGACGUCGCGGCGGGGCGGAGCUGACUACACGCGCGCCAGGUGCCUGGAGGGAGUCCCAGAUGGCCACGCCUGGUCCAGGGAGCUCCCCGACCCCUGCUUCUCUCCACAGCGGCCUGGCCAAGAAGCACCAGGCCUGGGGGAGCAAGGAAAAGGUUCCCUGGCCUGGAGACCCACAAACCCACCUCCCGGAAGCAGGUGAUGCAGAUAAGGAAGCAUUUGUCUGGGGGUUCGAGUUGUUGCUUUCAUCCCUCUGUUGUGAGCGGCAGGGGCUGUGGUCCUGCCCUGCCCCCAUGGUCUGCUCCGAACCUUCCGGACCCCUCACUGAUGGGAAUCCGCAAGGAGGUAGCUGGCAGGAGACCAGAGGAAGUGUUAAGGGCCGUGAAUAAUCCCCGGGGCUGGCUCAGAAAACAGUAAAACAUACAGAUGCGUGGCAGGGUGGAUACUCACGAAGUUUUGGGACUCUCCUGAAGGAAGGUUACUCACCACCACCACCAGCAGCAAAAUAUUUAUACCUUUGAAAAGCUUUUUCUCCUUGGAGGGAUGGAGGUGGGAUCAUUAUAUGACUGAAACCUGAUCAUGAACAGCUUUGAAACUAGGAAUCUCACAGUGACUCAGUUUAAAAAUUUAAUU